CUCUUUUGAGUUUCCACUCUCAACAAUCAACGCAACGCCUAUCACGAAGUAGGAACAGCAUGGAGGUGAGCCAGCUCCAAAGCCCAAACACACACACAGACACAGCCAUGGCUGCCGUCUGCGGCGGAGCUAGAGAGCCCACUACCACUACCACCACCACCAGCGCCACCGCCAAACGCAAGACCAGGAAGGAACCUCGGCGAAAGCACCAACAUCAGAAGCAGAAGCACCUCUUAACCCUCAUUUCGAGGGCCACCUCGGCCGCCCACUCCUUCCUCCGCCGCCACGAUCUCCGCCUCCUUCCUUCCCAGACCCUAACCCUGGAGUCCCUCCUCUCCUCCUCUCUCCUCUCCCUCUCCUCCCUCCUCUCCUCCUCUUCCCCCACCCGGUCUCUCCCUCCCCAACCUCCCGAAGGACCCGAACAAUGCUGGUUCCACCGCUUCCUCUCCGCCUCCACCCACCACGACCCCCGAUGGUCCCACUUCUUCCACAUCUCCAAACCCUCCUUCACUCUCCUCCUCUCCCUCCUCUCCCCUCUUCUCUCCACCUCUCUUUCCUCCGUCCCUCCCGAUUACGCCCUCGCCUCCGCGCUUUACCGCUUGGCCCACGCUGCGCCCUACAAGGCCGUGGCACGCCGCUUCGGGCUCCGUUCCGCCGAGGCGUGCCGCGCGUUCUACACGGUGUGCAAGGCCGUGAAUGAGAGACUGGGGCAUUUGUUCGAGCUUAGAGCUGAUAUAGAUAGAAUUGUGGUGGGUUUCGGGUGGAUUUCGCUGCCCAAUUGCUGCGGGGUUUUGGGGUUUGGGAGGUUCGGUGUUGAAGGUCAGGUGCUGGGAAAAAAUGGGUCGGUGAUGGUUCAGGCAUUGGUGGACUCUGAAGGUAGGUUCUUGGACGUCUCGGCCGGGUGGCCCGGCACGAUGAAGCCUGAAGCCAUUUUGCGUCAGACUAAGCUCUAUUUGGGAAUUGAGGAAUCAAGGGAGUUGUUGAAUGGGGCAAUGUAUAAGCUUAGUGAUGGCAAUUCGAUUCCUCAGUACAUACUGGGUGAGUCUUGCUUCCCUUUAUUGCCUUGGCUUUUAACGCCGUAUGUUAGAGCUAAUGAGGAAGACAGUUUUGGUUCGUCGGAACGGGAAUUUAAUUCCGUGCAUAGUCUUGCAAUCGGGUUGGUUUGCACGGCGUUUGGGAGAGUUCAGGCUCGGUGGCAGCUUCUGUCGAAGCAGUGGAAGGAGGAGUGUGUUGAGUUUUUGCCCUUUGUUAUUAUUACGGGGUGUCUGCUGCAUAAUUUUAUGAUCAAGUGUAGCGAGCCAAUGCCCAAUGAAAAUUUCGGGUGCUUAAGGGAAGGGGAAGAACUCCCUGUUUUUGAGGGAGAGCUGGAUGAGAGUGCGCAGAGGACCAGGGAUGCCCUUGCCUCGCAUUUGAGCCGGGAGGCCCCAAAGACGUGUAUCAGAGCCUAAGUGCGCUGCAUCAAAUUCCCAUCAACACUUUUAUGUAAGCCACCACAAAGCUUAUGUAGAAGACAUCCAUGUCCAUUAAACCAUCAACUUCCUCUCCCUCAUAUCCGUUGCCAAUGUAGACAGAGUUUUCUGUUUUGGUGCAGCUGCUUUGUAAUGUUGGUCCAAAAAGGAGAGGUUUUCCUUCAUAGCUGCUUUCAUCAAAGGUACUGAAUUGAGCUUUCUCUUUGGUGUUGUGCCAAUAAGUUGUUGUGAGCAACACUGAACACAUCACUUCAGUCAGUUAUCCUCUUAGAUUGUCGUGCGGCAGGUUUAGUGCACGGCUGUUGCUCAUCUGUACAAGCUCUUGUGGGAUUUCACCAGCUAUUCUAACAUUGUUUCCAAAUAUGAUAGUGAUGACUCAUUUGAAGUAGCCACAUCACAAUCAUUUCCCAUAACCGAUUUUUUAUCAGUUGCAUCAAAACUGAUGUUACUUAAGUUAAGGGGUGUUGGACCGGAAAAAAUAUUCCAGGAAAGAUCUAACAUGCUCAAUUUGUUUAAAGGCAUAACUGAAUUGGAAUCCUACUUUCUAAAUGAUUAACUUUUAAGAGGAGAGUGCUCAACAAUGAAAGGCUGCCGAAUCAAGCUGGAAUGCUGCCAGUUUAGUAGUUAUCUCUAGGGUUUAGUGUGACUAUAGAGGAGUUAUUUUGUAAUGCACUUGUAAUUGGACUUCUCAGCCUAGGUUUAUUCAAAUGAACAUGUUUGAUGGCUGACGAAUUGAAGCAAGAUGGUAUAGAGCUAAAGAAACUGUUCUUAGAAUGGUCGAGAAAGGUUAUCUCGACAAUUGGGUAUGCCCCUUACAUUGUUGCCCAAUGUUAAGAUGUCCUGAUUGUAACUAGUGUUUGGAUGAAGAGACAGCUCAAGUACUCAGGGUUUACCUGUAUAUUAGCACAGUAUAAUCUCUUGGUUAGUUGUGGGUAUGGAGUUUCUUUUUG